UGCCUGAGCUUGUUGACUGAGAAUCAGCUGAUCCUAUGCGGGGCGGCUCAUUCAUUCACUCACGGUUUUUGGCUCUAGUGUGUUUUAUUUGUAGAAAUCGAAGGGGGAAGAAGAGGUCUGGAGAUCUAAUCUGCAUUUGCAAGAAAUUGAAACCUUUUCAGACAGCAGUCAUGGCGCUCAGUGACGCAGACGUCCAGAAACAGAUUAAGCACAUGAUGGCUUUCAUUGAGCAGGAGGCAAAUGAAAAAGCAGAGGAAAUUGAUGCCAAGGCAGAAGAAGAGUUUAACAUUGAGAAAGGUCGCCUGGUGCAGACUCAGAGACUGAAGAUCAUGGAGUACUAUGAAAAGAAGGAAAAACAGAUUGAGCAGCAGAAGAAAAUUCAGAUGUCGAAUUUAAUGAACCAGGCCAGGUUGAAGGUGCUGAUGGCUCGUGACGACAUGAUUUCGGACAUGCUAAAUGAUGCACGUCAUAGGCUGGCUAAUGUCGCCAGAGAUCCAACCAGAUACUCAGCCCUGAUGGAUGGACUGGUGCUACAGGGUUUUUAUCAACUACUUGAACCCAAAGUGACAAUCCGGUGCCGUAAGCAGGACAUGGCCUUGGUGCAGGCUGCCGUGCAGAAGAACAUCCCCAUCUACAAAGCAGCUGUGAAGAACAACCUUGAAGUGAGGGUUGACCAAGACAAUUUCCUCCCUCCAGAUAUCUCGGGUGGGAUUGAGCUCUACAAUGCAGAUGGGAAGAUUAAGGUAUCUAACACACUGGAGAGCAGGCUGGACCUUUUGGCACAGCAGAUGAUGCCUGAAAUCAGAGUUGCCCUGUUUGGCGUGAAUCAGAACCGCAAAUUCAUGGAUUAAUCAUCAUGGGAUCCCAGGAGCAUUCAGGACCAUAACAGGAAAAAAAAACCCACCAGUGUUUUGUCUUUUUAAUUUGGAUGUAAAAUAUUGAAUUAAUGUGUCCAGUAUUGUAGUAUUUAUCUUAUGAAUAUGUAUAUGUUUGGUGUAUUUUGUGACUUGUUACUGUUGGAUUACUUAUGUUUACAGUCGAGUCUGAAUGGUUUCACUCUUGAUGACUUGAAUCCAAGUCUUAAUGAUACAGUGGGGAAAAUAAGUAGUUGAUGCACUGCCGAUUUUGCAAGUUUUCCCACUUACAAAGAAUGGAGAGGUCUGUAAUUUUUAUUGUAGGUACACUUCAACUGUGAGAGACAGAAUCUAAGAAAAAAUCCAGAAAAUCACAUUGUAUGAUUUUUUAAAUAAUUAAUUUGCAUUUUAUUGCAUGAAAUAAGUAUUUGAUCACCAACCAACCAGCAAGAAUUCUGGCUCUGAGACCUGUUAGUUUUUCUUUAAGAAGCCCUCCUAUUCUCCACUCAUUACCUGUAUUAAUUGCACCUGUUUGAACUCAUUACCUGUAUAAAAGACACCUGUCCACACAAUCUGACUCCAACCUCUCCACCAUGGGCAAGACCAAAGAGCUGUCUAAGGACACCAGGGACAAAAUUGUAGACCUGCACAAGCCUGGGAUGGGCUACAGGACAAUAGGCAAGCAGCUUCAACUCAAGAUGACUGUCAAUCUCCCUUUGUCUGGGGCUCCAUGCAAGAUCUCACCUCGUAGGGUAUCAAUGAUCAUGAGAAAGGUGAGGGAUCAGCCCAGAACUACACGGCAGGACCUGGUCAAUGACCUGAAGAGAGCUGGGACCACAGUCUCAAAGAUUACCAUUAGUAACACACUAUGCCAUCAUGGAUUAAAAUCCUGCAGCGCACGCAAGAUCCCCCUGCUCAAGCCAGCACAUGUCCAGGCCCAUCUGAAGUUUGCCAAUGACCAUCUGGAUGAUCCAGAGGAGGCAUGGGAGGAGGUCAUGUGGUCAGAUGAGACCAAAAUAGAGCAUUUUGGUAUAAACUCCACUCACCGUGUUUGGAGGAAGAAGGAUGAGUGCAACCCCAAGAACACCAUCCCAACCGUGAAGCAUGGGGGUGGAAACAUCAUACUUUGGGGGUGCUUUUCUGCAAAGGGGACAGGACGACUGCACUGUAUUGAGGGGAGGAUGGAUGGGGUCAUGUAUUGUGAGAUUUUUGGGCAACAACCUCCUUCCCUCAGUAAGAGCAUUGAAGAUGGGUCUGGAAAAGAUCUGUAUGGAGGAGUGGGGCAAAAUCCCUGCUGCAGUGUGUACAAACCUGGUCAAGAACUCCAGGAAACGUCUGACCUCUGUAACAAAGGUUUCUGUACCGAUUAUUAAGUUCUGUUUUUCCAUUGUAUCAAAUACUUUUCAUGCAAUAAAAUGCACAUUAUUUAAAAAUCAUAA